GUUAUGACUAUAGUCUUCUAGUUAUUUGCAUCUAAAGCAUGUAUAUUCUAAAGUAUCGCAACUGAUUUGCUAUCCGCUAGGAGGUAUGUUAAUAUGCGUUCGGUUACGGUGGAGCCUGUCGUGUUUGGCUAUGUGUUUUCUGCCGCUAUGCUAUCACCACUAUUACAGCAAUAUAUCUACGACGAGCUGAGCGAACGUCAUAAUUUCACAAUAACUGAAGACAGUCAGUUGUGUAAGAAUGGCACGGGUGAUUCUGGCAAUAUAUCAGCGUUGGAGAACCGUAUACAAACGGAUGCAUCCUAUUGGUUUAUCGCACAGAAAUUAUCUAUGAAUGUACCAUCACUUUUUGCAACCUUGCUCUAUGGAUCAUUAUCGGACGCUGUGGGAAGAAAACCAACGAUGCUUUUUGCCACAUUCGGUGCGCUCAUUAACUGCCUCAUUGUUUCGAUAACAGUCACCUUAGCAUGGCCAUUCUACGUUAUUUUCUUGGGUGCGUUCAUUAACGGUGUAACAGGAGCACAUGGAAGUAUGCUUGCAUCAUGUUUAGCUUACAUCGUAGAUAUCACGGAUAAUAAAUCUCGGUCCAUAAGAAUGGGUUUAAUACAGCUGUCCAUUGUCCUGGCCGUCAUGUUGAGCUUUUUUAUCGGUGGUAUUUGGUUGAAAAAUUCAGGUUAUAUUCCCCCAUUUUGGUCAAGUGUUGGUAUCCUGUUUUUUUGCUGUUUGUACAUCAAAAUCGUCUUACCAGAAUCAUUGACAGAAAAACAGAAAUUCAACAAAUUUUCCUUCCUGACUAAUGCAAGGAGAAUAAAAGAAUUUGUUUUGAAGAAAAGAGCUCUAUAUGUGAACGUCUGCCUCUUGCUUUCUUUUAUUUCAUUUACGUUCACAGUCUUAGAUUAUUUUGGCAGCGUUACAGUUUUAUAUACAAAACACCCUCCUUUGUGUUGGGGUUCGGAAACGAUAGGGUACUACAUGGCAGCGAAAACGGCCGUUGCAGGCAUUGGAAUAGUAUUCACUUUUAAAGUGCUUACGAGGUAUAUCAAUGAGACAUUGAUAGUGAUUAUUGGCUGCUUGUUUUUUAUUGUCAGUGAUUUACUUAGCCGCUUUGCGAGAACGACGGUGGAUAUGUUUUUGUCGUGUAUUCCCGCGUUUUUCAUUACUGUCGCACCGCCAGGAAUUCGAAGUAUUGCUUCCAAGCUUGUUAAAAAGCAGGAGGAAGGAGCCUUGUGCAGUAUUCUAGCCGUAACGGAAGUCAUUGCGCAACUGUUAGCACCGCUCACAAUAAAUACUCUGUAUCCUGUGGGUUUGAACCAACUUCAUUUAGCUGGAUUCGUGUUUUUCGUUGAAGCUGGUUUGCUACUUAUUCCAAUUAUACUGUUCGCCUUGAUCCAUUAUUUAUUUCUAAACAACGAUAAUUUUAUGUAUGAUUCAUUGGUUCACUGUAGUGAAGAGGCAAAUGAGCGAAGUCAGUCAGCAUAAAAUAUUCUGAAAUUCAUUAAUGCAUGCAAUAAUAAUUAUAAACAGUAGUUUGAGUAGCUGAAUAGUAGUAGAAGUAAUUUGAGUAUAGGCAUUAGUUAUGGGGUGAGUCAA